UUCUUUGCCUUAAUCAGUUACUUUCUUUCCCAUAUUUUUUACUUCUUCAAAGCCCGUCUUUGCUCCAAAAUCUCCCAAUAACUUCUAUACAUCCUCCACACUGGUCUUUGUCCAUCAUUCUGUACUUGUUUCUUUUUCGUUUCUGCUCUUCCAACCAGCUUCUCUGAUCUCCUUCAUUCUCUGCUCUCUCCUGGUCCUCAGAUUCUGUUUUUUUACACUCCUCUUGAACCAUCAACAUCCUUCAGGUUUCAAUCACUAUGGGAAGUGAAUGCAAAACCCAUCUUGCCAAUGCCUUGAUCUCUUCAUAUCUUGCAUCAAAUGAAGACAAUAUCGUACAGAACAAUCCUGUGAAGUCUGAACAGCAGCAACUGCCUUCUGCUGUCUGCUCAAACCAGAAGACUGUGUGUUCCAAAAACAUGAAGAAGGCGGGUGUAGAAGAUGAGAUUGGAGUGUUCAGAGCUGAAAGGUACUACGGCAUGAAAUUGGAAUAUCAUGACAACACGAGAGUUGUUGAGAAUUGUGGUAGCAACCAAGUAAAGAAGAAAGAACACCGACCUGAUUUGCAGUAUAGGAGACAAAAGAGCAGAUCAGGAACUCCAAGUGUGUCUUCUGAAUCAAGUUGGAAUAGCCAAGCUGCUUUGUUUCCAAGUUUCUUGAGAAAUUCGUCCCACAACAUCCAAAACAAGACAAAAGGAAGAAGCCUGUUGGUCAACCUUACCUGCAACAGGUCUUGUUCUGAUAAAAAAUCCAUUCUUGUCCAUAGGAAUUUGCAUGAGCAAAGAGGAUUACAAGGGAGUGAUGUCAGAAAAGAAGCUUCUAGGAAUGAACAAAAUCCUGCCAUCUCGAAUGGUAGAAUGAAGUUUCAAACAGCUACUUUGGUGAAACACAAACUAAAAAUUUCAAAUUCUGGUGGGUCAACUAGAGAAGAAGAGUUGGUGUUUCCAAUCUCUAGCUCUCAGUUGCAAAAUUUUGCAAAGAUCAAAGAUGAAGAUCCAAGAAAAUCCAUUGAAGUAUUUGGCUCAAACAAGUUGGAUAAGAAAGACUUAGUGGCUAAGAAUCUAGAGAGGAAGCUGUCUGUUCUAAAAUGGGAUGCCAUUCCAAAAGCCAAGGCCACACAAACUGCUCCAAGAGGUGAUCAAUUGAAUGAAGACAUAGCGAGCGAUGCGAGUUCUGAUCUGUUUGAGAUCGAGAACAUAUGCGGAAGCAAUGGAAAGCCAUUUACGAGGCAGACUUCAGAUGUUAUAUCAAGCUCCACGACAGCUUAUGAGCCAAGUGAAGCCAGCAUUGAAUGGAGUGCAGUCACAGCCAGUGCAGCUGAUUUCUCAUCUGUUGCAGACUAUGAAGAAAAGAAGGUCACAGCCAAAAUUAAAACCAUAGAAGACAAGGAUUUGCAAAAAAGCCACCCCAGUGGACUGUUAGGGUGUAGGAGUCAGAAGGCAGUCAGCAUAGCUGGAACUGCCUACAGAAACAUUGAGAAGUUGAAUUCUGAUUCUAGACGUUUCCCAAGAUUGGACUCAACCAUAGUUGCUAGUAAAGCAACAGGCUGAGAUUAGAUUAAUGUGGAAGAUUAUGAUUCCUCUAUCAACAAAAUUAUGUUUAUGCUUGCAGAAACUGCCAUUAUCACAGUGUUAAAUAGCAUUACUAUUUCUGUGAAUGUGCAGUAGAAUUGGAACAUGUCAAAUGG